ACUUAUCUCACCCUGUCUGUGUCUGUGUCGUGGACUGAAACAAAACAAAACCUUGUAAAAAAAACCUCAUCAUGUCUUCUUAGUUAGAUUAACAGUUAUUCCUAUCCUUUCACUUUCGUUGUUGUCGGUUUCGAAGAGAGAGUAGAAACUGUCUGUGCAGCACAACACACGCUCGCGCUCUUUGAUGAUGGAUCGAAAAACAUUAAAUUGAAGAUGCUUUCAUCCACCCAACAACAUAUAAAGAUCGAGCUCAUGGAUAUUGCUUUUUGUUAAUUUUGAUUCUCGUGAAAUAAACGAAAUAUGAAGGCACUCGUUAUUCCUCCUGUAUCCCUGCCUUCGGAUUCGAAGAGUAGGAGAUCACAUUGGUGUAGCGUUUUUCCUGCUGCUUCUUUUCUUUUUCUUAUUUUCUUUGCAGUAUAUGCUUUCAUAGCUCCAGAUUACAAAGAGAGAUUAUCAAGAUGGGGAAUAGCUGAUACUUUUCAGAAUUUUAAAUUCAGCAAUUGCAAGAAUCAGUGCAGGCCUCCUGGAAGUGAGUCCUUACCUGAAGGGAUUGUCUCAAAGACUUCUAACUUUCAAAUGAGGCCGCUAUGGGGCUUUCCAAAGAAUGAUGAAAAUUCUUCAAUAAACCUAUUGGCUGUGGCUGUUGGAAUAACGCAAAGAGAUCUUGUCAAUAAGAUGGUAAAAAAGUUUCUCUCGAGCAACUUUUCUGUGAUGCUUUUCCAUUAUGAUGGUAUUGUUGAUGAAUGGAGAGAUUUUGAGUGGAAUGAUCGUGUUAUACACGUUUCUGCCCGUAAUCAAACUAAAUGGUGGUUUGCAAAGCGGUUCUUGCAUCCUGAUAUAGUUGCUGCAUGCAAUUACAUUUUCCUUUGGGACGAGGACCUUGGAGUUGAAAACUUCAAUCCUAAACAGUAUGUUUCAAUUGUUAAAAGUGAAGGGCUUCAUAUAUCACAGCCAGCCCUUGAUUAUAAAUCUCUGGUACAUCAGCAAAUUACUGUCCGGGCAAGCAAAACAGGAGUACACAGAAGGACUUACAAGCCUGGUAUUUGUGAUGGAAAUAGUACAGCUCCUCCAUGCACAGGGUGGGUGGAAAUGAUGGCCCCUGUUUUCUCAAGAGCUGCUUGGCGCUGUGUGUGGUAUAUGAUCCAGAAUGACUUGAUCCAUGCAUGGGGUCUAGACUAUCAGCUUGGAUACUGUUCACAGGGUGAUCGAACAAAAAAUAUUGGUAUUGUGGAUGCGGAGUACAUAGUCCAUUAUGGUCACCCAACACUUGGAGGUGUGGUUAAAAACAAGGAGCCUUCUCGUUCACAGAAAACAGAUCCUAGAUUGGAAGUGAGGAGGCAGUCCUUGAUCGAACUGAGAAUUUUUCAAAAGCGAUGGAAAGAGGCGGUUGAGGAGGAUCAAUGCUGGAUAGAUCCAUACAAAGAGGCAGUGAAAGAAAGCAGCUAGCUGCAUGUCCAUGAAGCUGUGGACGCUAUGCUCCAUCGUACAUUCAUUAUAUAUGUAUAUAUAUUAUAUUUUACAGAGGCAAGAGGCCUGGAACAAACAAGAUGUGAAGUUAUACAGAGAUCAGAAGCUCCGGGGUCGUGAUUGACAGGAGAAUUAUUGGCAACAUGCAAUAUAAAUAAAAGCAAAGUUUGGGAUCCGUCUUCGUUUGUAUAUUGUGGUGUGCAAGUCAGGUCUUGUAAAUGAUGAAGGAUACGUACAAGCAAGGCAUUAAUUAAUCAAAGAGCAUCCACACUGAUGGGAAGAAACCAACCUUGCUAGACUUGUAAUUUGGCAGCUGUAAAGUUGAUGAAUACAGGUGAUGGAGACUGAUUUUAGUGAACGUGUUGAUACUGGGAGACCGUGGAUCAAUAAUUUCUACAAUGCUUAGCUUUACAGCACUUGCUUCCCAAGAAUUCAAAUUGUAAGAAUUGACUAGCA